AUGACUGCGUUGGCGGCUUCAAUUGCAGAUACGGUGGCUGGAAUGCAGAGAGUCAUUGAGAUAUCCCACUAUUGUCAUACACGAGAUAUCCUUCACCGGAAUCCCAAGCUUUAUGAUGAACAUGGCGAGGAGUUGGCGACGGAUGAAGAGAACGCAGAGGCGGUCACGAGAGCAGAGGAAGAGAAUCCUUACGCAGGCAUACAGCUUGAAAGUCUGCUCGCGCCAUUGACGAACGCUUCGAGCCUUCCUAAUCAUCCGUCUAUGUCUGCAUCAUACACUUCCACUACCCUUAGCGAUAUGGUAGAACAUGCACGAAACUUAGCACAUCGAGAGAAGAAGUCUCUGUCGAAUGCAAAAGAGAUGCUCACGAAAUUACGGGGUGAUGACACUUGGAUCCCGGCUGGUCAUAUGCAGACGGACUAUGACGAUGGUAUAUUUGACACGAAACCAGUCUAUGAUUUGAUAAUUGCCAGUACGCCAGUCAAUGGAAGCCAGCGGAAAGCUCGGUUUGGAACAAAUGGUAGUCUAAGCCGGCGGUACAGCCACUCCAAAGUUGCAAUCGCAGCUUCAGAGGACAGAGGCGCCAGAUCUAUCGGGCAACAGCCGAACGAGCAAGCAUCUGACACUCUCAUAGCGAUUGAAAUUGCGGAGGAAAUAACAAAUGCAGAUAAGUCUGUCACUGGCCUCAACGCUGCUCUGGAGGACGCGGACAACACGCCAAAGCCUCAUGUCAAGCCUGAAACCCACGACGAAGACCGUAAUAAUCUAGAAACCAUUGAAGCAAUCAGACAAGAUGGAGUCCUUAUUACCAAGCAUUCAAACAUAGGUGACGGUAGCGAGUCCACGAGUAUUCAACAGCCUUCGUCUCACCAGGGUGAUGGGAGCAGGCUUCCAUGCACCGUCAAGAACGGUCAAGAACCCGACACUCUGCAGGAAUCACUCGAUGGAAACCGUCCUGAUGAAAAGGUAGACGAGGACGGCGCAGAAUCUCAUUCGCCACCACGACGAGUAACACGAGCACAGGCACAAGCAGACAAGGUCACUGCUUCCUUGCACUCUGAAAGUCCGGCCGAUUGGGUACCACCACCAAUUCACCCACUUUUCUUGAUACCUCCCUCUGCCGAGCCUGACGCAGAUCUUGGUCUUCCACCUGCUGAAGCAAUGGAAACACGUCAAUUGCUUGCGGCAUAUGUGCAGAAGCAAGAAGAGAUCUGUCGAGGCGCGGAGGGACUCUAUGAGAAGAUGUUACGUGCAGAGAGACAACGCCAAACGGUCUUCAAGUGGUGCAAAGCAGAGGCGCACAUUGGCGAAUUGAGCGACGGCGAAGACUGGUAUGACAAAGAAGAAUGGGGACUUGAGGAGGACUUGAGGAAAGGCCAUAUGGAAGAGGAAGAGGAUGCCGCAGCGCAGGGAAAGAAGACGAGAGUCCACUUCCGUGCCGGUCUCUACACAGGUCUCCUGGCAGCCACCCUCCUUCAACCCGCCGACCUUCUCAAAACCCGCUUGCAGCAACCAAAUCAGGGAUCGGCCCCACUCCUCUCCACACUCCGCUCUGUCCUCAAUGGUCCUAAUGGCCAUGGCGUGCGUGGGCUAUGGCGUGGCACGCUACCCAGUUUAAUUCGCACGGGUUUGGGGUCAGCAUUGUACUACAGCUCGUUGAAUGCGCUCAGAAGUCGAAUGUCUUUGGUUUUUGCGUCCGCGCCUGAUGUUCGGACACCAGUUACGGAGAUUGGUGCAUCUAGCGGUGGAGGCGUGAAGAGCAGUUCCAGCCUGCCGCGGCUCAGUAAAUCCGCGAACCUAUUGACGGGCGCGGUGGCGAGGGCGGCAGCAGGGUUUGUGCUUAUGCCUGCUACGGUAGUCAAGGUGCGGUACGAGUCUACAAUGUAUACGUACAGAUCUUUGCUUGAUGCGUACAAAGCGAUACUGAAGCAGGAUGGGCCAAGGGGUUUCUUCAAGGGGGCUGGGGCUACAGCUGUCAGGGAUGCGCCUUUUGCAGGGCUGUAUCUCGUGGUUUAUGAGGAGUGCAAAGGGAGACUGAAUAGAACUGUGACACCGACGGAGAUAUCGCAGGCAGACGGUUUGAACGGGAACAUGGAAGGGCGAGGAAUGAAGAGGUCGACAGCUUUUGCAAUCAACUCAGCUUCUGCUGUUGUGGGCGCUACCGUUGCAAGUGCGCUCACGAAUCCUUUCGAUGCCGUCAAGACAAGGCUCCAGCUUAUGCCGAAGAGAUAUGCUAAUAUGUUGGACACUGCCAGCAUGAUGGUGAAGGAGGAAGGAUGGAGAUGUUUGAUGCAGGGUAUGGGAUUGAGGACGGGAAGAAAGGUCAUAUCGCUAGCAUUGUCGUGGACCUUGUACGAAGAGUUCGUCAGGUCAAGCGAAGCCAAGCGUAGCGAGAAGCUGUAA